GAUUGGGUUGAGAGAGAAGUGGAAAUCUACAAGAGUGCAGACGUAACUGAAGAUGGUGACACUGAUCAUCAGUCACAGGAAGGAGGUAAGUGAGAAAUUAUGAAAGUCAAUAUUAUUCAAAAUGAUGUGCGUGUGUUUGUGUGGGCGUCUAUCAUUACUGAAUAUUCCAGUCUGUUAACAUCUGCUUAUCUUUUUGUCUACUGGCUGUGUACUAAACACACAAUUCAGAGACUGAGGAUUUAUGUUAAAGGCAAGAAAAAACACAACAAGAAGCAUAAAGAUGAAAGUCAGGUUCCAAAACGGUUUGAAGACAAAAUCUGGAAAUUAUAAACUGAAUUAACUUGAGAUGAAUAUAACUUUUUAUAUUAAGUUAAUGAAAAGACUAGUUGAUUCCACUAAAUUCCAGUGUAAUAUUUUACAGUGUAACGAAAAAGACUAUUUUCAGCGGCAAGCAACUUGUUAAACUUAACAAGUCUUUUUGACAAUUUGAAACCGACUAACAUGAAAACUGUCUCUAAAACACUUGUCUGACAAUUAGGAAAGUGGUGUCCUGAAGGAUGGAGGAGGUUUGGAUGAGGAACACUUGGUUCCUCUCCUUGGACUAUAAGUCCAAGGAGAGGAACACUUGGUAUAAAAGCAGAAGAGACUGUCAGGACAAAGGAGCAGAUCUGGUGGCCAUAAACAACCAAGAGGAACAGAAAUGUGUCACUGAGCUGAAUAUGAAUGGAGAGUCCUGGAUUGGUCUAUGGGCUACUCAAGAAAAACUGGAAUCAGGAGGAUGGAAAUGGGAAUGGGUGGAUGGAUCACCGCUGGCAGAAAUGUUCUGGACAACAGGACUGUGGAACCAGUACGCUGCAGGAUUCUGCAAUCAACAAGGACAAUGGAUAAACUGGAUAUAUGUCUACAGAAAUUCCUGCUGUACCACAGUUGAGUUUGAAUGUGAGAUAUACCAGAAAUGUCCAAGAAAACAGAGGAGAGGGAGAGGAGAAUGAGGUGGAGAUCUUCAGCGAUGAGGAGCAUCAAAUUGAUUUCGGAUCACAAACAGCCCGACCACGCACUCAAAAGAAUCCUGCAGCUGUCAAAAGAAGCGGUUUGAAAGCCAUAAUGCUGGGAGUGCUGUGUCUUCUGCUGCUGACUGGAAUCUUCAUACGUUAUAUUUCAGCCAUUCUGGAAAAAGACCAGCUGCAGAGACAAUAUGACGACAUGUUGAACAAUCAUAGCCGGUUACAGGAUUCAGUAAUGGAGCUCCAGGGCAAACAUGCAGAGAGUUUGUGUCCUGAGGGAUGGAAGAGAUCUCGAUGCAGUUGUUACUACAAAUCUACUGAGAUGAAGAGUUGGGAUGACAGCAGAGCAGACUGUAAGAACAGAACAGCAGACCUGGUGGUCAUAAACAACAAACACGAACAGGAGUUUCUCAGAGAGCUGAAUGAAGAUGGAACUUCCUGGAUCGGCCUACAGACUGUGAAAACCUCAGAGUGGCCGGAGAAAUGGGGGUGGAAAUGGGUGGACGGAUCAACACCUUCAUAUAUGGCCUGGGAAAUAGACCAGUUUUUCCCACCUAUGAACUGGUCCACAGUGUUCAUUAAUCAAAGAGGAAAAUGGAUCAUUAGCAAUGAAUCCAAACAAUGGAUCUGUGAGAAAGAAGUCUCCUGAAAGCUUCCUGGUGAUCCUGCAGUUAUAUUUAUACAAAGUAACUGUUGUGUUCUGGGUUUAAAUCCUGUUGCAUGUCAUUAUUCUCUCUCUGUCCACAUACAUCUUGUUCUUAAUAAAGGCAAACAUGAGAAAAUGAACUGUACACGAGUCUUUAAUGUUCAUAACAUGUCAGAAGAAACAAACAGAAUUACAUUUUUUUUGCUGUUCUUAAAGUCUUACUGUGAACCCAUGAGAAAGUAUCUGAUAUAUUAAAUGAAUUUGACAAAGUAAAUCAUUAAUAUUGAUGAAUCAAUGCAUAAGCAGCAUCUUAAUAUAUCACUUACAGCCUGAUUUUCUACAAAAUUAGUACUUUUACUUUAGUACUUUUAAGUAAAAUUAGCUUCUAAAUUUUACUUAAGUAUGA